CUGCUUGUUGAUUGUAGUGUCUUAUUUGCUCACCCCAAACACAGUCACACCCUAUUCUUAAUUCAUAGCCACACUGCCGGAAUGCACUUUUUUUAACCUCCAGAGACGCACUGACGGUGGCAGCGGUGUAAAUAUCCCCUAAUAGCUGUUCAAUGCAUGCCUGCCAACCCACUUUUAAACUGGUUUCAUAUGCUGGUGGUGACCCAUCUCAGCAGAGACACCUGUGCUGUUGCAGUCAAGCCUGUGAGCAGCUAAACAAACCAUAUGGCUUAACUGAUGUGCACAAACAGCAGAUGAGUCCACUUGAAUAAGUAAACAUAAGAAUCAACCAGGCUUUGCCCUAGAUCACCGCCUAGAGCUUUAUCUCAAGAGAUUAUGUAGUUGUGAGUGUGCGAUUUGGACCGAAGAAAGAAAGCAAUAAGACAGAUAUGAGGCAAUAACAAUAACAAGGUGAUAAUUGUAAUUUCUUCCAAAGCCAAAAAGAGUUGGAGACAAGUGACAGGAUACUUCACGUUGCUUCCAUUUUCCAUCUCACUCACACUGUGGCUCUGUCGACCCUCCUUUUGCUCAGGCCAAAUGUGCAUUCGUUUUAAAGUGGAGUGAGAGCGAGUUCGAAGGCGUUCGUGCAUGAAACAUUUUGACAUUUUAACAGACAUUUGAACUCCACUGCACGACUCUCACACACGUUUUCCAUUUCCAGCACUAAUUCCACUGGACACCUCAGCAUCUUCCCCUAUCAGAUCAGCCUAAGAUAUCAGUCUUCCAGUGGCUUUUAUUCUCAAUCACUGACAGUUAUUGCAGUUUGGCGAGUCAGAGUCUGGCGUUAUUUGGUGUGCACUGUCUCAUUGUGGAGCUAAAAAGGCCAAAGGGUGCGCUGCUCAACCUGGAAGAGUAUAAAUAGUUGAACAAAGGCCCUUUUGGAGCGACAAGAGGCUGAAACCUGAAACUCGGAGUGAUUCCUCCCUCUGGUAACUCUAUAUGCUCACACACACUGAGAGGCUGGACAGACCAUCGAGAUAAAUAGAGUGAUUUAGAGCCGGGGAGGUGAGGAGACAAGACAGUAGGGCACGCGCCUUCCACACUGCUGCUGCCAGGUUUUUCAGGUGCUAAAGAAGAUCUGAGCGGCUAGAGGAACCACCCACCCACCCCUUUUAUCAGCUGAAAAAUAAAAGGAGGAGAAGAAGACCACACCCAGAGCCCCAUCAGGAAAGAGUCUCCUCCUCUCACCUCCCAGACUUUUAAUCCAAAGUCAGGACAUCUUUUGUAUUUUAGUGCUCUGAGGUUUUCAUCACCAAGCUGGAAUAUCUACUGUAGAUCUGUUUUGUCUGCCUGUGUGUGUGUGUGUGUGUGUGUGUGUGUCUCCCAAUCAUAAGUGUGCGAGUGUGUGUGUGUGUUUUGACGUCAUUGAGAGCCGCCAGUCUUCUUUCCUCUGUCAGGAUGUCGUCGGUACGAGAGCUGCUGCUGCUGCUGCUGCUAUCUCUGGCCCUCCUGGCUCUUCAAGCAUCUCUUUGCCAUGGAGCCUGCGUGGAGGUGGACUCAGACACAGAGGCAGUGGCCAACAAAGGCUUCAAACUGGGCUGCAUCUCCUGUAAGAUGAGGGGAGAAGUGCCUGCCAUAGCGACGGUCAGCUGGUACUUCAGGGCUUCAGAUGAGACCGAGUUCUCCCAUAUAUACAGCUAUGUAGAUUAUAUGGAGGAAAUCAUUGACCCACGUUUCUAUGAGCGUCUGAAAUGGAUGGGCAGUAAACACACCAAGGACCUACAGGACGGCUCCAUCUACAUCUUCAAUGUGACCUUCAAUGACACAGGAAUCUACAAGUGCAUAUUCAACCGGGUCCUGCGGUACACCAACUACGAGUUUGAAACCAACACCAGCAAGACUAUCGUCAUUAACGUGGUGCCACGACUCACCAGGGGAAUGGCAUCCAUCUUGUCUGAGGUGAUGAUGUACGUCUCCAUCAUUGGGCUGCAGCUUUGGCUGGUGGUUGAGAUGAUUUACUGUUACAGGAAGAUUGCAGCAGCAGGCGAGGAAGCCCUAAGAGAGAGCGCGGCGGAGUAUUUAGCUAUAGCUUCGGAAAGUAAAGAUAAUUGUGCGGGUGAACAAGUGGCAGAAUAGCACCGGUCGAGGAAGAAUUCAAGAAGGCUUCCUUGAGGAAUCUCACAUCCACUUCCAUGCUCCCUCUGUUCCUCUCACCAUCAUUCAGCUCCUACCAUCCUCUCCACAUGAUGGAACAUGGAACCACAAGCGAGGAAAAAGAUGUCCUCAAAAAGGUAUUUUAAGUGACUUUCUACAAACGGAUGGAAAAAGGACUAAACUGUAUCCUGUUCUGAGGGACAGACCGAUGCAUCAGGUUGUGGUUCAACGGGACAGAAGGAGAAAGAGAGAGAGUUGUGCUGUAUAUAGGUAUAUAAGUAUGCACAGAUAAUCUUUGAAAACAUGUAGAGUAUAUUAUAAGCCUACAUUGUAUAUUCACUAUUUGCAUGCUUACAAGCUUAUCAAAGAGACUGAUCAUGCUUCUGAUGGUCUGUCACAGUCAUGUUUUUAAGAGUUUUUAAUCAGUUUUGUCCUGUUUCAUGUGUUGGCAUCAGGGUUCGACCGCUACAGGUUUUAUAAAGCCAAUUUUUUAACCAAAGCUGUGUCGGUGUUUCUUCUGUAGUUUCAUUAAUAUGUGAUGCAACCAAUAUUUUAAUGAUAGAUCUAAAUGUUUUUAAUCAAAUAAAACUGUGAAAGAUUAUUUAAAUAUUUGGAAUAGAUUUGUUUUAACUUUAAAUAGUUGUAAGAUGAUUAUUAUAGUGCUAAUUUCCUGUCUAAUUUCCUUACUAAUGAGAUGUAAUACUACCAAAAGCUUUGGAGGAAACACUGCUACAGCAGCUGAUAUCUUGUCCUGAUACAUAAUGUCUCAUGUUGACCAGUUUUACACCCCAAAAAAAUUACAAGUAUUUGGUGUUUUCUCCCAGAAUUUCAUUAAAAGCAGCCUGAAAACGUCUCUUAGCAUUUAGACGAACAUGAGACACAAUGAAUGAAAAAUACAAGGAAAAAAAAACAUGAUUGCAGGUCCAUCAUAUCAGCAGUGAGCCACACAACUUGAAAUACAUAUUUAUCAGCCUGAUAACCUGUCAAACCAAUGAAAAUGGUCAAACCUGAGCUGGCAACACAUACAAACUCUUACUUUUCUUUCUGUCUUUCUUUCAACGUUUUAACAUACAGAAUUAGAGAGCUAAUGUGAGAAUGUGAGGUGCACCGUCACUUUUGGAGCAGCUGUGAAGAGUCAUGAUUGUCACACAUCAGCUGAGAAGUCGCUGUACGUGAUCUCCCGUCUUAUAUUUUACUUCAGGAUCACACAUUCACACGUCUGUUGAACAAGAGAAAUGUUAUCUGUGUUAAGUGUGAAUUCUGCUGAAUGUUUAGCUCGUCAGUGGAGAAUGUUUGAUGAAGAUUUCACGUGUUCUCAGAGUUAUUAGCUCUCAAAUAAGGGCAAAUGCAGUAAUCAGGCACUGUAAAUUUGAGGUUAAACUUUCCAGAAAAAUAUAUUAUCAGUCAUGUUUUUGAUGUUUCAUAUUGGUAGAACUGAAAUGAGACCCUGUUUCAGACAACAAAGUGAUGUUUUUGCUGUGUUUUCCUUAAUCCUGAGAGCUCAUAAUGCAUAAUGCUAACAAUUUAAAGCUGAAUUUCUGUUUAAUUGAGGUAUGACAGGCCCCUUUUCAGCAGACCAUCAUCCCCCUUUAAACUGGCUGCUGAACCCAGCAGGCCCACUGCAGACAUUAAAUUGCUCUUCGAGUCUCAAUGCUCAGAAAACAUCUCACUACAUUCGGUGGUGAGGAUUAAAUGGUAUCUGAGGCCAAAGUGUGACUUCCUGUGACAUAUGAGAAGAUGAUGCCCACUUUAUUGCACCAGACCCAUUUUGAAGUAAUCACAUUAAAAACAGCUCAACCAAUUUAUGUAGAGAUGUGAUAUGAAACUUGUCACUUUUAUCUGAAUUUGUCUCCAGUGGAAACUUUCCCACAGAUGUGUAACUUCACACAAAUGUUUUAGUGUCUUUGUAGAAACUUAAGGGCUUAGCUAACUGCCAUUAUGUAACUGCCGUGGGCAAAUGUACCACAAAACCUGUCCAGUGUGCCUCCCAGAGUGAAACCAGUGCAAACCAAAGGGGAAAAGCAAAGAGCUGAAGCCUUGUGUUCGUAAAAAAAAACUUGCACCUCUUUUUAGACAGCAAGGUUAAUGACUUUUGUUGAACACUAGAUGGCAGCCAAACACUGCCGUUCUGCAUGUUUACUGUUUAUCUAUUUUGUACCAAUCAUCAGUUUGAUACAUUUUAACCACGUUUUGACUGUAGGAACUUUACCCAGGGACUAAGAACCCUUUUAGGGACUUAAUUCCUCUACCUGCGUUUCCACCGGAGGAACCAGGGUCUAAAUUAAGUUCCAAGGAAAUUAUUUUACCCCCAAAAAACUCCCCUACAGAGAAGAGGACACAGAAAUUUCUAACUUAAAACAGUAUAACUGCAUGGUUACUGAUGGAAUGAGCAAAGACCACAAUAUGUUUUUUUUAAUCAGUAUGAACACAGACAGUGGGAUGCAAGUUUAAAAA